CCUCUUGUUCUAAACCUCUUUCAUUUCUGUUUGCUUUGCCUCGUUGCAUAGCAAUUACAGAAACCCUAGCCCUCCUCCCAUCCUUACUCCGGCGAAAGCGGCGGCGGAAUACUUCAUGCUUGUAGCGCUCCUUGCAGAUUUUUGAUUAACGCAUUGAUGGAUAUGAAUUCUGGGAAAGGCAUGCUUUUGAUUACCUACUCUGAAGAGAUUGUGGAUGGUGAGCCAAUUAUAGUUUGCUCCAAUAGCCUUCCAAUCAAGGUGCAUCGAGAACCAGCGGGACAUGCCUUCCAUGAUGCUGCUCUUAAGCUAUCAGGCCACUUUGUGGAGGUGGAUGACAAAGAUGAUGGCAAGACGGUUUCCGAAGAGAAAGAGUCUGUUUAUGUACAGUCAUCGGAUCCUUACAGCAGUAAAGGAAAGAAGAAACCUGGCAGUGAUCCAAAGCAGCAAGAUCAUUAUGCUUUGUUGGGGUUGAGUCAUUUGAGGUAUUUGGCUACUGAAGAUCAGAUAAGGAAAAGUUAUCGUGAGGCUGCCCUGAGACAUCAUCCUGACAAGCAGGCUGCUCUUUUGCUCCUCGAGAAAACAGAAGAUGCGAAGCAGGCAAAGAAGGAUGAGAUAGAGAGUCUUUUCAAGGGCAUUCAGGAAGCGUAUGAGGUGUUGAUUGACCCAGUCAGGAGAAGAAUCUAUGACUCCACAGAUGAGUUUGAUGAUGAAAUUCCUGGUGAUUGUGCACCUCAGGAUUUCUUCAAGGUUUAUGGACCCGCCUUCUUAAGAAAUGGACGCUGGUCUGUUAACCAGGCUGUCCCACCUUUGGGAGAUGAUAAAACCACAAUCAAAGAAGUGGACAGCUUCUAUGAUUUUUGGUAUUCAUUCAAGAGCUGGAGGGAGUUUCCGCAUGCUGAUGAGUUUGAUCUCGAGCAAGCUGAGUCCCGUGAUCACAAAAGGUGGAUGGAAAGGCAAAAUGCAAAACUCUCUGAGAAGGCAAGGAAAGAAGAAUAUGCGCGUAUACGCACGCUUGUUGAUAAUGCCUACAAACGGGACCCAAGAAUUUUGAGAAGAAAAGAUGAACUGAAAGCUGAGAAAGUAAGGAAGAAGGAGGCCAAGAUCUUGGCCAAGAAAAUGCAGGAGGAAGAAGCAGCUAGAAUUGUUGAAGAGGAGAAGAAACGGAAAGAGGAGGAGGAGAAAAGGGCUGCUGAAGCUGCUUCAAAUCAGAAAAAAAUCAAGGAGAAAGAAAAGAAGCUCCUUCGCAAAGAAAAGACCCGUCUUCGAACACUUGCAGCACCUAUUUUAUCCCAGCGUUUGUUUGGUCUUACUGAUGAUGACAUUGAAAGUCUUUGCUCAUCUUUUGAUAAAGAUCAGCUCAAAAGUCUCUGCGAUCGGAUGGAUGGAAAGGAAGCGGUUGAGAGUGCAAAUCUUCUAGCCGAGUGUCUCAACUCUGAUCAGAAAUUGAAAGAUGUGAAGGAAGUUGAGAAAAAUCCAAAGCCGAAUGGCUCUGUACCUGUGAAUGGGCAGGUUGCUUAUAGCAGCUAUGAGAAAAAGGAAAAGCCUUGGACUAAAGAAGAGAUUGAUCUUUUAAGAAAGGGAAUGUUGAAAUUUCCUAAAGGAACUUCUCGAAGGUGGGAAGUGAUUUCAGAAUAUAUUGGUACCGGGAGGUCUGUGGAAGAGAUUCUCAAGGCUACAAAAACAGUACUUCUUCAGAAGCCAGAUUCUGCUAAGGCAUUUGACUCCUUCCUUGAGAAAAGGAAGCCUACGCCCACGAUAGUAUCUCCUCUCACAACUAGGGAGGAGGUUAAGGGCACACCCAUUAACAUUGAUGAGAGUCAAUCUUCGGCUCCUGAUAAUUUGCCAGUGUCUUCAGAUCAUAGUGUAAACACCCUGAGCUCUGAAGACAGCACUGCUGCAAAUGGAGUGUCUUCAGGUGCAGACCAAGAUUCAUGGUCCGUUGUUCAGGAAAGAGCUUUGGUUCAAGCUCUCAAAACCUUCCCAAAGGAUACUAACCAGCGCUGGGAACGAGUCGCAGCUGCAGUUCCUGGGAAAACUGUGGCGCAAUGUAAGAAGAAAAUUACUGCGAUGAAGGACAGUUUCAGGAGCAACAAUGUGGCAGACAGAGGCACUGAGGACUCGAAGGACUCAUCCAGUCAGAAGGAGGAAGCUACCAAGGUCUCAGCUGACAGUGAAGCUAAUGUUAACGACGUAUCAUCUAGUUCCGAUGCAGACAUAUGGUCUGAUGUCCAGGAGAAAGCAUUGGUCCAAGCGCUGAAAACUUUCCCGAAAGACACUAACCAGAGAUGGGAGCGCAUUGCUGCAGCAGUGCCUGGGAAAACAGUCAAUCACUGUAAGAAAAAGUUUGCAUCUCUAAAAGAGAACUUCAGGAGCAAGAAAACUGCAGUUUAGGCUUACAAUUAUGUUAUUAUUGGUUGGGGGAGAUUGAGGGUCUUGGGGGCUCCAGGCUGUCCGAUGUUUACACGGCCAUGAUUGUGGAAGCAGCUUCUCUUACAUCUUCCUACAACUGUGAUUGUUGUCAUUUCAUACGGUAACAGAAACUUCUUAUUUUGCAUAUGAAGCAAUUUUGUAAGAGCUGAGAGAGUUAAUUAUGUGUCUUUUUUGUUCUCAA